AGCGGAAGAAAGGGAGCGAAGGAAAUGGACGGUUAGGAUUGAAAAAGGAAAAAAGGUCACCAAAAUUAAUCACUUGAUGGUGUUUCGGAAUCUAAUCGGUGUCAAUAAGAGGACGGAAGGGAUCGACUGAAGGAGUCCGGCGCUCAGUUCUUUUUGGGGUAUAGCUUUCCUUCUUUUAAGUUCUUCUACGGGCGAUCGCUACUGCACGUUGGGACUUAUCAGCGGCAGUUUUGGGAUACAGCUCGUCCAACCUUGCAACUAUUAAAAGCAAUAGCAUGGCAACAAAUAAUCUCUCAAGCUCGAUUGUUCUUCAACUUCUUACAAAUGAAAAUUAUGAGAAUUGGAAAGCUUGGAUGAAAAACUAUUUGUUGGCUCAUGAUCUCUGGGACAUUGUCGAAGCAACCACGGAACCUCCUAAACCAGAAGAUGAUGUAGUUGAAUUUAAGGCUUGGAGAAAAAAUAAUGCUGCAGCCUUACAUGCAAUCCAAAUUUCAUGCGGGUUGGACAUACUGCCUGAGAUUAGGGAAAUCGAUUCUGCCAAAAUUGUUUGGGAUAAAUUGGCUACAAUGUACGGGCCAGGCAACUCAUCAAGCAUCACAGCUGACCCCUUAUCAAACAUCCAAGGGGAAGGCAGUAUAAACAACGACCUCCUUCAGCAUGAGCCCUUACGUACGGCCAUCAACAAUGGUGACUGGGUUUCUGCUAACGAUUUCCUUAGCCGCCACGAAAAUGCAAAGAGUGCAAAAAUUUCAGUCAAUGGACGUUCUGUUCUUCACGUGGCUGUGUUUUCAGGACAUACGGAAAUUGUGGAGAAGUUAGUGGAGUUAAUGUCCGCAGAGGAAUUAGCAAUAAAAGAUGAUUAUGGUUUGACAGCUCUAGCCCAGGCUGCUAUUCUACAAAAUACUCGGAUGGUAGGUUGCAUGAUUGCGAAGAACACUCAUUUGCUUAACAUCCCAGACAAUUUGAAUCGUAUUCCACUUGUAAGGGCUCUGGAGUAUGGAAACAUUGAAGUGGCUCGCUAUCUCUACUCUGUCUCUCUGCCAUUUCAAACAUUAAGCGACAUCGAUGCUUCCAUGGUUCUUACCCAGUUGAUAAAUCUCAAUAAUUUUGAUGUUGCUCUGCACUUGCUCCAGCGUUGCCCAGCUUCUGCUGUUGUUCCGAACAACCAUCUAUAUAAUACCCCUUUGGCCGCGUUGGCUUGGAAAUCUGCAGCAUUUCCGAGUGGGAACCAGCUCGUGUUUUGGAAAAAAUGGAUCUACGCAUGUUUACCCAUUCGAUCAGCACAUCCCAUCACUGAAAUUCAGAUAGACAUCCACAAGCAAAAUAAACAGAAAAAUGAUCAAGUAAAGACUAGUGGAUCAGUGCUUUGCCUAUUGUGUUGGCCAGCUUCGAAUCUCCUAAAGCUCUUGGGAAUCAAGCAAAUAUAUGAAAUGAAGUUGCUCCAUCACCAAGCUCGUCAACUUCUACUUCAAUUGUGCAGUCAAGUAAAGCAAAUGGAUGUCUAUUAUGUUAAUAAAGCCAUCUUCCAAGCCAUCAAGGGAGGGGUUAUUGAGUUUAUUGUUGAGCUAGUGAAAGUAGAUCACCAGCUUCUGUAUACCUUUGAUGAAAUGGCAAGAAACAUAUUUUAUUAUGCUGUCCUACAUCGCCAGGCUAAAAUUUUUAGCCUUAUAUACUGGCUUGAUGGGAAAAAUUCAAUUUCAAAUGCUGUGGAUACAUCACGAAACACUAUCUUGCACAUGGCAGGGAUGUUAGAACCUUCCACUAAACGUGAUCGCAUUGCAGGCGAAGCUUUGAAGAUGCAAAGUGAACUUCAAUGGUUUAAGGAGGUGGAGAGAAUUUGCCCUCCUAUAGAUAAAGAAUUUCGAAAUAAUAUGAUGAUGACAGCCAGAGAACUUUUUACUCAUAACCACAAGGACAUGGUGAAGGAAGGAGAGAAAUGGAUGAAGGACACAGCAAGUUCUUGUACAGUGGUAGGAGCUCUCAUUAUUACCAUUAUGUUUACCGCAGCAUUCACUGUUCCAGGUGGUAACAAUCAAAAUACUGGGUUCCCAAUGUUCAAAGAUAAAAAAUUAUUUACUGUCUUUAUCAUAUCAGAUGCAUUAUCACUCUUUUCUUCGUCAACUUCAGUAUUAGUCUUUCUGGGAAUCCUUACAUCGCGUUAUGCAGAAGAAGAUUUUCUACGAUCCUUGCCUACAAAGAUGAUAACAGGACUUUCUACUCUUUUCUUCUCUAUUGCAACUAUGAUGAUCGCCUUUUGUGCUGGUCUUUUCAUUAUGCUUCCCGAAAAAUCAUGGAUGGUCAUUCCGGUCAUUUGCCUUGCUAGUGUUACGGUCAUCCUAUUCGGUUUUAUGCAGUUUCCCAUUCUUUUCGACAUGAUCAAGUCAACAUAUGGACCAGAAACAUGUCUGCUGGUAGUCCACAACGCAGAGUCCGACAGAGGACAGAUGGGGAUUUGGCAGCCCCGAGAGCCAAAAUUAUGAAUAGAACUUUCAUUUCUAAAUGGAACGUUGUUCAUGCAGAUAUUAUGGUGGCUCCUCUGGAUAUUAUCCACAACAUUAUCUAGACCUACCACUGGGGCUACCUCCACAACUGUGCCUAUGUAGUCCUCAUCAAAUUGGUCCGACUUUUUUAUGCCAAUCUUGAGGUCGUGCAAGAUGAUGGCUGCGGGUUGGUUCUUCAGUCCUCUAUGGACAAACAUAUUAUUAUGGUUGAUCCUCAAGUUAUCAGCCAGAUCAUUGGGGUACCCAUGCUCUAGCUGCCUACCAGCCCAUAUAAUGAGGUCGUCUUGCCUCCUUCUCUGGAUGAUCUCAAAGAAUUUUUCCAGGCUAUCCCUCAGGGUGAGAAGCGUGCCACUUCCAUCAGGAUCAGUGCCCUGUCUGCUCCACACCGCAUGCUCUCCAAGAUCAUCCUGCACAAUAUAUGGCCUGUUACUAGGCGCAAUGACCUCAUUCUGAAGAAGGCACAAUUUGUUUAUGUCGUCUGCUUAUGCUUGCCCUUCUGCCUAUGCAAGCAUAUAUUGGGAGUUAUCCUAGAGGCUCGUGAUGAGGGCAAUACUGGUCUUCCUUUUGGCUGUCUGCUCACUCAGAUCAUUUUGUAGUCAGGCAUCAGUGUCACUGGCGAGCCCAAGAUGAAGAUUCAGAACCCCAUCAGGAAGUAGACGCUGAUGAAGUCCAAUGCCCAACUGAGGCGAGAUGAUCAGGAUGAUGAACCACAACCCCAUCCUAUCCAUGUAGUUGUACCUGAUAUGGCAUCCUCUUCUCCGACUGCUCCUCCACCCCCACAACAGGAUGGCGGCUAUGCUAAGAUAUUUGGAGGCUUUGAUUGCACUACAGGGUGGUAUGAGCUCUAUGUAGCUAGCACUUUCAUCUUUGCAGUAGGAGGUUCACUCGAUCAACCUCCAUGUGGAGCAGAGCCAGCUGGAGAUCCAGAAGUGUGUAAUGUCCAAGAAAAUAUUUAAUGGGUUUAUUAAGACUAAAUAAAAAUAAGUCUAUCUAG